AUUAUUCAAAUAUUUUUGAAAUCAUCCGCAAUCGUUUGGGUUUCACGAAGAAAUGGCGAAAGAAGCGAGUGCAGUUCCCGCCGUGACGAAGAAGUCGAAGUCUAAAUCUUCAAAGCUCCCUUCACCUCUCCAUCCCCCUUACUUUCAGAUGAUUACCGAAGCCAUAUCUUCGCUGAAAGAUCGAACGGGUUCGAGCCAAUAUGCCAUUGCUAAGUUCAUCGAAGACAAGUACAAAACAGAACUUUCCCCAAAUUUUAAGAAGGUGUUGUCUGUGCAGCUGAAAAAAUUCUUGAAAUCGGAGAGGUUGGUGAAGGUCAAGAACUCAUUUAAGAUCUCUCCGAUCGAAAAGGCAAAGUGCUUUGCAUUUGAGAUCAAACAAAAGCAGAAGAAGAGCAAUGCGGAGGGGAAGAGUGGAACGGAGAAGACCGUAAAGAAGAAUAAGGGGGUGGAAACAGCGAAGAUGAGGGUGUCGAAGAAGCUAUCAUCAACUCCCACGGGUAAAAGCAAAACAUUGAUGCCUAAGGGGAAGAAUUCGGCGAAAUUGGUGAAGACGAAGGGGCUAAGUCAGGUUAAGACUCCCGAUGGUCGGAAGAAGAAGGUUUCAACACCUAAGAAAAAGGCUUCCAUCUCUGUGUCUAGUUGCUUGGGACUGGGUGUUUACUACCGUUUCGUUUAUGUUAAUGUGUCAUGCCUGCUACAUCAGCAAAUAAACGUAGAAUAAACUAGAGAGGAGAUGGGAAGAUGAUAAAGACUAAAGAUAUUGCAGCAGCCAGUCGGACUCGGGUGGAUAAGUUUCAGAUGAACAGAGGAAGAGGGUAGACUACGGCGAAGGGGUGUUUUGUUAGGUUUGGAAGAGGGUAGACUACGGAGACGGGAGCAGCGAGUCAGCGACAGUGGUGGAGUGGCCGGAGGUGAGUCGAUGAAUAAUAAGAAGAGAGAGAGAGAGAGAGAGAGAGAGUCUCGGCUCUGUCAAGAGUGUUGACUGUCGUUCGUUUGGUUCAUAAAAUUUAAUAAACCAAACCGGAAACCGUAAAUCAUA